UAGCUGGUAUGAGUAAAAUACUAUCCUUAUAAGUUAGAAGGCCCCUCCUCAGACACUUUCAAAGAUCUAGAUUCCCAGCUCCUGUUCAUCAAAGAAGCCAUACUCCAAAAUUUACAGAAUCAAGAUUAUCAGGAACUUGAGAAACAGGUCCAGAAGUACGAGAGAGAAAUACGAAAACACAUUAGAGUUUAGCAUUUAUUUUAUUUUAUUAGACAGAGCAAUAAAUUAAACUAUACUGUGAACAGCUCUAACAAUAAUUAGAAUAAUUUCAAUAAAGUAGUAUAAACAAAAACAUGAUUCAAGUAUGAGUUCCAUUCAUUUACUUAGCAACUCAAGAAAGAAAUUGCUGUCUUACAAGAAUAAAACAAAUAUCUAAUUGAAGAGAAUACCUUUCUAAAGAAGAAAAUAUAAGAAACAAAUGAUUAUCAACAUCAAACCAUUUCAAGCAAAUAACCUCUGAAGUUAGUUGACUUUAUUCGCAAGCAGAAACUGCCUAAUGACAAGGAACCUUAUCUCAGUAAUACUAUUGACACUUCUUCAAUGUAUAAAAAAGAUCAAAACAAAUAAAACUCAAAGACCAUCUCUCAGCAAAUCACUGAAUAGAACUAUGAUCAUUGUAAGUAAUUCGUUAAUAAUUUCAAUAUUAUUUCUAACAAACAAAAAAUUACAUGCAAUGCCAAUAGGUAGAAGAAGAGUGUUAGUGAACAUAAGCAAAUCAAAAAUAAACUAGAGUUAUCAUCUAUUAAUUGA